UCGCAAACGUGAGAGAAGUAUUUUUUGGCUAAUGGCUAUUUUUUUUCUCUGGGCAACUAACCGGUUAGAGGAAAAAAAUCACAAAAUCCUUGACAGAAGUUAGGGAGCGUGACCGGACAAAGGGGCAAAAAAGAGUCUAACUAAGGCAAUGGAGGACGGCGAAAUAGAGGAAGGAAUGGUGACGGCCGAUGAGUUUCCGAGGCCGGAAGUAACGACGGAUACUUUGGCACCGCCGCGAGAGGUCGCCGAGAAAUCUCCACUGGAGUUGCUUCGAGAGAGCAAAACCUCCGUGGAAGAAAUCGUCGCGAGGAUGCUCACCAUCAAAAAACAAGGAAACCAUAAAUCUGAGAUUCGAGAACUCCUCACACAGAUGUUCCUCAACUUCGUUAAUCUUCGUCAGGCAAAUCGCGCGAUUCUGACGGAGGAAGAUAAAGUCAAGGCGGAGACGGAACGAGCGAAAGCACCAGUCGAUUUCACGACGCUGCAAUUGCACAAUCUCAUGUACGAGAAGAGCCAUUACGUCAAAGCUAUUAAAGCUUGCAGAGAUUUCAAAUCCAAGUACCCAGACAUCGAUCUCGUCCCCGAACAAGAUUUUCUCCGAGACGCUCCUGAAACUAUCAAGGAUCGUUCCCUCUCGACUGAUAGUUCCCAUGUUUUGAUGCCCAAGAGGCUCAGUUUUGAGCUUCAUCAGCGGAAAGAACUGUGUAAGCAUCGAGCGAGAUUGGAGCAGCAGAAGAAGAGUUUACUGGAAACCAUUGCAGAGCGUAAGAAGUUUCUGUUGAGUCUUCCUCUACACCUCAAGUCUCUAAAGAAAGCAUCGCUUCCAGUACAGAACCAGUUGGGUAUACAUCACACGAAGAAGCUUAAGCAGCAUAAUCUCGCUGAGCUGCUUCCUCCUCCGCUUUACGUAAUAUACUCACAGCUCUUGGCACAAAAGGAAGCUUUUGAAGAGAGGAUUGAUUUGGAGGUAGUUGGGAGCCUCAAGGAUGCUCAAGCUUAUGCUCGGCAGCAAUCAAAGAAGGACUCCGGUAUGUCUAAUAACACAGAGAGUUCUAGGUUGGAGGAUGAUGGACCUGAUGAUGAUGAUGAUGGACAGAGGAGAAGAAAGCGACCUAAGAAAGUUACUAGCAAAGAAGGUUCUGACAAGGCAGGGUUAUAUCAAGUCCACCCUCUCAGAAUUCUUCUUCACGUAUAUGACGAUAAGAUUGACUAUACAAAAUCCCUCAAGCUUGUCAUUCUCAAGUUCGAGUACUUGUUGAAGUUGAAUGUUGUAUGUGUUGGCGUUGAAGGGUCUCAGGACGGACCUGAGAAGAACAUACUUUGUAACUUGUUUCCAGACGAUGCUGGACUUGAGCCUCCUCAUCAGUCGACCAAGCUUAUCCUUGGUGAUGGUCAAGCAUUUGAUGAGAACAGAACUUCGAGGCCUUAUAAAUGGGUACAACAUUUGGCGGGGAUUGACAUUUUACCAGAAUUGUCACCGAUUGUACUUGGCCAAGAUAUUCAUAACGUCGACUCAGCUAAAAGUGAUGCGUUUGUGCCUGAUCUCUCAUUGUAUCGCCAGCAGCAUAGGGUGCAAACAGUUCUGCAAAGAAUUCGCUCGCGGAAAAAAGCGCAUCUGGCUCUUGCGGAGCAGCUUGAUAUGCUUAUGAAGCACGAGUUGCCUGUUGUAAACUGCGCAGAAGCUCCUUGGGCAUUGCACAAGGUUCUCUGUUCUUUAGAUUCCUGGUUACUUAUACGAUCUUCAGCUAGUAAGUUGCACUCUCCGACUCUGAAUAGUACGGAACAAGUUCCAGAACCUAUGGAAAUCGAUGUAGAUGGAAGAUCUAUUCCUGGUAAGGAAGAUCACGAAAGUAUACGGGAAGACGGAGAACUUCCCUCUUUGGUCACAGCUGCAGCUUUGACAACCAAUUCUAAUCAUACCCCAUCAAAAGUAUCUGAUCUAGCGAGGUCCAGGCAGUUGGCUUUGAUGACAAAGAACCUAGAUUCUCCAGUUAGCAAAGGAAAGUUACCGAGUUUCAAGAAAUACGAGGAUGAUUUGGAUCUAGUUCUGGAUGAUGAUAGUGAAGUAGAUGAGCCAGCAGGAACAAUCGAUGCACAUGUGGAAGCGUUGUGCCCAGAGAAAGCUGAUAAUUCAUGGGUGGAUUAUGGUGCGAGAGAGUUUGCGUUUGUGUUCUCAAGAAAAACAGAUGGUGGAAAGUUGUGGAAGUUAGAUGCAAAGGUCAAUAUUAGCAUGGAGUAUCCUCUUCGACCUCCUUUGUUUUCUCUGUCUCUCCAUGCUUCUACUUCUUCCGGAAAUGACAACGGGACAAAUGAAAGUGACUAUUACAAUGAACUACGAGCUAUGGAAGCAGAGGUGAAUCUUCAUAUGCUGAAGAUAGUACCUUCAUGUCAAGAAAACUGUCUCUUAUCUCAUCAAAUAAGAUGCUUGGCAAUGUUGUUCGAUUAUUACGUGGACGAUCCAUCUCCAGAUUCCAAAAGAGGAACAGCCACAAGUGUGGUUGAUGUCGGCUUGUGCAAGCCUGUAGAUGGUAAGCUUCUUGUGAGAUCAUUCAGAGGAAGAGAUCACCGGAAAAUGAUCUCUUGGAAGGAUCGAGAAUGCGCCUCGGGUUAUCCAUGCUAGAGACAGCAUCGCCACUCACUUCUCUAUAUUAUGUUUCCAUAGUAUUACAAUACUAGCUUCUUAAGUUAACAAUUUUUGCUUUGCCUGGUUCCUAAUUUUUUAGUUUCUGCCUAGUUGGUAGUAUCGAACAUUUUUUAAUGGUGGAUAAGUUUUCAUGUCUAAUGUGCGAUCGAGAGACUUUCACAUUGGUCUUAAGAAUUGUGGUUUAUUGAA